AUGAGCUCGUUCGCGGCAAAGCGCAAGGCGCGCGUCAUAAAAGUCGCCGAUGAUGGUGAGGCAGAAGGCGCGUCUGCCCCGACAGAAACUGGCAGCGCGGGAGAGGAACCUCUAAAACAAUCUUCCGGGGCAAAGUUUGCACGCAAACCUUUUCGCCAGUCGGGUCUGCGCAAGAGCUUUAAUCCUGCCGACGACGACACCCCAAGCACCGGUGGCGAUGAAGCCAAGGACGACGAGGACGACGGGCCGGUAGUGGUGCGGCCCAGCAUCGGACGAGCCGGGUCCAAACACAAAAAGAAGAUCCCAAAACCGAGGAUCUCUUUCGGCGGCGACGCGGGCGACGCCGAAAAUGGAGACGCCGAGGAGCCGAGCACGCCGAAAAAGGCGCCUCUGGGGUUGAAAGCCAUGGAGAAUAGCGCGGCCAAGCGCGGCGUUCCCCUACGAGGGCUCCCGACACGCUCCUUGCACGACGAUGACGACCGGCCAAAGUACAGCAAGGAAUACCUGAGCGAGCUGCAGUCGUCUACCCCGAACACGCCCCGCGACAUCUCGACGCUGCACAUUGGCGACGCCGACGAGAUGGAGCUGGAUGCCAGCGAGCUGGAAGGCGCACUGGUCGUCGACUCUCCAGUGCCGUCGCCUCAGCCCACGACGCAGAUUCUUUCCGAAGCUGAAAUACGCGAGAAGAAGGAGCGGCGGGCUCGGCUGGCCAAGGAACAGGGGUUUCUCUCCGUUGAGGAUGACGACGAGGAGGACCGCUUCGGGAAGAAAAAGGACGACACCCGGCUGCAGCGCGAGGACGAGGACCUGGGCGAGGGCUUCGAUGAAUACGUCGAGGACGGCGGCCUGUCGCUCGGCAAGCGCGCCACGAAGGAGAGGCGGAAGAAGGAGCGCCAGCAGAUGGCCGAGCUGAUAUCCGCCGCAGAAGGGCACACGUCAGACUCAUCAUCAGACAGCGAUGCCGAACGGCGGAUCGCCUACGAGUCGGCUCAAACAAGAGCAGGCCUUGACGGACUGAAGAAGCCCACGAAGAACGCCACCGACGACCUGCUAAAGGUGCCGCCCAAGAUCACACCGCUGCCAAGCCUGACAGAGUGCAUAGCCAAGCUACAGGCCACCCUGAAAAGCAUGGAACAGGAUAUCCAGACCAAGAACGCGAGGGUCGAACAGCUGCGCAAGGAGAAGCAGGAAAUCAUGGCGCGCGAGGCCGAGGUCCAGGCGUUGCUGGACGAAACGGGGCGCAAGUACCAGGAGGCCAUGGGCAAGGGCGCUACGGAGGCUGCGCCGACUGCAGCGGGGACGACGCAGGCUACGUUGGAGCUUGGCGGGGAACGAGGGCUGGAGAGCUUGGGCACGACGCCGCGGCGUGCGGAUCAAGAGGAUGUUGACAUGUUGUGA